CCUCAGGCCUGCUAUGCCGUUCCCGCCACCGCAGGAGUCGUCUCCCGCCCGCGGUUAGGCCCGAGCCUCGCCUCGAGUAGCCGUGGUGGUAGUGGUGUGUGCGUUUGUGUGUGUGGUUUUCUCCUCAGCGACGCAUCGAGGCAGGCCCGGCCUCGCGCGCGCGGCCGACACUCCAUCUCGAGCGAGCCGGCCAGCGGGCGCGCGCCCGCGCUGCCUCCUCCUCCUCCUGCCCGCCCGCCCGCCCGCUCACUCCUUCGCGGCCGUCGUCGUCGUCGUCGCCGCCGCCGCCCCCCGUCUUCCUCUUCGGCCGCCCCCGCUUGCCUCGUCUUCCUGCCUGCCUGCCUCGCCUAGCUAGCUGGCUGGCGGCGGCUCCACGGCGCAGGCCCGCUGCAGCGCAGCCGCUCUGAGCACUGACCAUUCAUGGAGGAACAUACGGUCACCCAGACGGAGCACAUGGCAACCAUAGAGGCCCACGCGGUGGCCCAGCAAGUCCAGCAGGUCCACGUGGCCACGUACACGGAGCACAGCAUGCUGAGUGCUGACGAGGACUCCCCGUCUUCGCCCGAGGACACGUCCUACGACGACUCGGACAUCCUCAACUCCACAGCCACCGACGAAGUGACUGCCCACCUGGCCGCUGCAGGGCCGGUGGGAAUGGCCGCCGCCGCUGCCGUGGCCACCGGUAAAAAAAGGAAGCGCCCUCACGUCUUUGAGUCCAACCCAUCCAUCCGCAAGAGGCAGCAGACGCGGUUGUUACGGAAGCUGCGGGCCACCCUGGAUGAAUACACCACGCGGGUCGGGCAACAAGCCAUCGUCCUCUGCAUCUCCCCUUCCAAACCCAACCCGGUUUUCAAAGUCUUUGGGGCGGCACCCCUGGAGAACGUGGUGCGCAAGUACAAGAGCAUGAUCCUGGAAGAUUUGGAGUCAGCGUUGUUGGAGCACGCACCUGCGCCGCAGGAGGUGAACUCCGAGCUGCCCCCGCUCACCAUCGACGGGAUUCCGGUCUCGGUGGAUAAAAUGACCCAGGCGCAGCUGAGGGCUUUCAUCCCUGAAAUGCUGAAAUACUCAACGGGUCGCGGAAAGCCAGGCUGGGGGAAGGAGAGCUGCAAACCGAUUUGGUGGCCAGAGGACAUUCCCUGGGCUAACGUCCGCAGUGAUGUCCGGACAGAGGAGCAAAAACAGAGGGUGUCUUGGACCCAGGCGCUACGGACGAUCGUGAAGAACUGCUACAAGCAGCACGGGCGGGAGGACCUGCUCUACGCUUUCGAAGACCAGCAGACUCAGUCAGUGACGGCCACGCACAGCAUCGCCCACCUGGUUCCCUCCCAGACGAUGGUCCAGACCUUCAGCAACCCCGACGGGACCGUGUCCCUCAUCCAGGUUGGCACCGGAGCCACAGUGGCCACUUUGGCAGACGCCUCCGAAUUGCCCACCACCGUGACGGUCGCCCAGGUGAACUACUCCGCCGUGGCUGAUGGAGAGGUGGAGCAGAACUGGGCGACGCUACAAGGGGGCGAGAUGACCAUCCAGACCACCCAGGCCUCCGAAGCCACGCAGGCCGUGGCCUCCCUGGCCGAAGCCGCUGUAGCCGCCUCACAGGAGAUGCAGCAAGGCGCCACCGUCACCAUGGCGCUCAACAGCGAGGCGGCCGCUCACGCCGUGGCCACUCUGGCGGAGGCCACUCUCCAGGGCGGAGGGCAGAUCGUCUUGUCCGGCGAAACGGCCGCAGCCGUGGGCGCGCUCACCGGGGUACCAGAUGCAAACGGCCUGGUCCAGAUCCCCGUGAGUAUGUACCAGACGGUGGUCACCAGCCUCGCCCAGGGGAACGGCCCCGUCCAGGUAGCCAUGGCCCCCGUGACCGCCAGGAUCACCGACAGCACCGUCACCAUGGACGGUCAGGCGGUGGAAGUGGUCACACUGGAACAAUGACAGCCAGCCAGGGCCGGAUGGUGACGCCGCGGCUUCUUCCUCUCUUCUCCGAUUUUUUCUACCACCUCUCCGGAAAUGCAAUCAGGAAGCAUUGGGAGUCUCACAACUUUGGACCAUGCAACCCAGAGCGGGAAAAGGGCGUGUGCGCACAUGGCGGGCGGGUCAUUCGAGCGGAUGCACCUCCUCCCACGGGAACGAGGAGGCUUGUCCGGACAGGUUACGCCCCGGCUUUCUUUGCAUGGAUCGCCCAUUCCGAAGAAGGGCGAGGAUCGGAAAGCUUUCCUGCCCUCUGUUUGUGAAGUCGGGGUCCAGGGCCCCUCCCACCUCCCUGGAGGACCCUCGCUGUUCCACCAUUCCCACGGAGCUCCCCCCUGCCAUCCUCACCUCCAGUAUUUAGGGCUGUUUUUCCUCGUACGAAUUUCCCACGAGGACAAGAACCGUCGAUGGACGAGAAUUUUCUCGCAAGGACGAGAACCAUCGACGGACGAGAAUUUUCUCACGAGGACGAGAACCAUCGACGGACGAGAAUUUUCUCGCGAGGACGAGAACCAUC